AUGAGCAAGAAUCUUACAAACGAAAGUAAGGGAAGCGAUAAAACUGUUAUUUUAAGGUUCAAUGCGAGCUUGAUAGCGUACGCUCAUGGGAUAUUUGCCUAUUCGGCUUUCCUAGCUGCUUUGGUGGUGGGAUGUUGGUUACAUUAUCAUAAGAUUGUAGAGAAUUCGUCUUUUGGGUAUCCCGAUGAGUGGUUUCCUAGUGUGUCGGCGACUAUUGGUGAUAGGUAUCCUGAGAGGUCUAUUUUCCAGAUUUUGAUUGCCGUGACAUCGGGGCCUCGGUUCUUGUUGUUACUCUUCAACUUCAUCAGAUUGUACAAGAAGAACUCGGUGGUUCCGUACUUGGGGCUUUUGUCGGGGGUGAUAAGGACAUUUACUUGUGGGGGAUGGGUUUACAUUACGUCGACAGAUGACCAUGAUUGGCACGACAUUUUCAUGAUCAGUUAUAUUGUGCUUACGAUCCCAUGGACGGUGUGUAUCACCAAACUUUCGCCUAAGGGGUCAAAGGUUCGUAGAGGAAGGGCUUUUACUGCGUUGACGUUCUUUUCCAUGUUGGUGCCUUUGGUCUAUUGGUUUAUCCAGCAUAAGGUCCAUGUGAGGGCGGGCGCGUACUCGGUCUAUGCGUAUUUCGAGUGGGCAUUGAUCUUGUUGGAUGUCGGGUUUGACGUGUGGUCGGUGAUUGAUUUUGCCGACAUGGAGAUUGUGCUCUACGGUGAUGGAAUUGAGUUUGUUACCACCACCACCUCGAAAUCUGUUGCACCAGCGGCUGCAUCAGUUACAACACCAAAAGCUGACAGCAAGACGGCGUUGGAAAACGAUGAAUUCACGUUUGUUGAAUUUCUUGUCAGUAGUACUAAUGCAUUUAUGUUCUGGUCUGUUGUCACUUCAUUGUUGUUGUGUGUUUGGUACUUUCCAUUAUGGCACAUGGGUAUCUCAGGAUAUGAGGCUGUUAUAGUUUUGUUCUUUGUUGCACCAUUGUUAUUGGUGAUACCUUUCAUCAGAAACUUUUUCAGUAGAUUUCCAUUCAUUGCGAGAUCUUUGGCAGUGUUGCUCGGUAUUGGAGCAUACAAAGUCGAAGAACCUACGGAGAGGUUAUUAACUAUUUCUGCUGGUGCAUCAUUUGCCGUUAUUGCUUUUGUUGGUGAAUCCUGGUCAUUAUCAAACCAACCUAAAAAGUUUAAUGCACAUGCAAUUGCAUUUCUUAUCGGUCUCUUAGCUACUUCAGUCGUGAAAUUUGCAUCCUAUUCAAAUAAUCCUAUUUGGCCUAUUAUGCACAAGGAAAAUGGUGGCUAUAAUAAUGCCGGUAUCUUUAUUGGUUUAGCAUCUGCUUUUUUGACACCAUCUUUACAUUCAACAACAUUCAAGGUAAGUUCUCAAAGAACGGGGGGUUCAAUUUUCUUAGCGGCCUUAGGUUUUGGCGGAUAUUAUUUUUCAAUUCAGUCGUAUUUAAGUGAUUCAUCAACAUUGACAUUAUGGACUUGGAGCGGUUUCCCUAUUACUGGACCAACUCCAAUAACUGGUGCCCUUUUUAACUUCGGAGCUAUAAUUAUAGGUAUUAUACUUUCAAUUAAAUUGCCCGCUAAUAUGUUGAGUGGUAAAUUCUACAACGUAGUUAUUGGUGGUGUUAGUGCAUUUGUCUUAUACAAAUAUGAAGGAUGGACUGGUUAUGCUGGUGCGUGUGUCUAUUCCCUUUACAUUUCUUCCAUAUCACCAAUAAUUUGGCAAUCUACUGUUGGAUACAAUCCAGCCGUUUUGUUUUCGCUUGCAUUCUUUUUUGAAAUUAUAAUCGCUUUGGCUAGUAUCUGGAUUGUUGCAUAUGCAUUUGUUCCUGGUGGACCAUUAUUGAGAGAAAGAACUGAUAUAAUUUUAUCUAUUUCUUUUAUUAUGAUUUUAUGUGGUGUUUACAAUUAUAAUUUGAGAAACAAGAAUACCCAUAUCACUCGUGCAAAGGUUGUUGCUACGAGAUUAUUUAAACAAGCUUUAAGUAUAUUAUCCAUAUUGUUAGCAUUGUCAAUUGCUAUCACAUUCAAGAGAUAUCCUAGUGAAAGCUAUGAACCUUAUAAUGCCUCCUCAAAAUCGUUUACUGCGGGUAUUUGGUGUGUUCAUUUUGGUUUAGAUAACGACAUGUGGUCUAGUGAAAUAAGAAUGAGAGAUUUAAUAAGGGAAGCAGAAGUUGAUAUAAUUGGAUUAUUAGAAAGUGAUACACAACGUUUGAUCGGUGGUAACCGUGAUUUCACUCAAACGAUAGCUGAAGAUUUAGGAAUGUAUGCCGACUAUGGCCCAGGUCCAAAUAAACAUACCUGGGGUGCUGCAUUAUUAUCUAAAUUCCCUAUCAUCAAUUCAACCCAUCAUUUAUUGCCUAGCCCUGUUGGUGAAUUAGCUCCAGCUAUUCAUGCUACCUUAGACAUUUACGGCGAAUUGGUGGAUGUGCUUGUUUUCCAUUCUGGUCAAGAGGAAGAUGAAGAAGAUCGUAGAUUACAAAGUUUGGCCCUUGAAGAAAUAAUGAGUGGCUCUCCAAGACCUGCUGUUUUAUUGAGUUACCUUGUUACAAAUCCUCAUGAAGGUAACUACAAUACUUAUGUAAGUGAAAAGUCAAGAAUGUAUGACAUUGACAGUACCGAUUGGGAUAGAUGGUGUGAAUACAUUUUGUUCAGAGAUUUGAAGAAGGUCGCAUAUGCGAGAAUAUCAAGGUCUACCAUCACUGAUACUGAAUUGCAAAUCGGAAAGUUCAAGUUAUUAAGUGAAGACGAAAAAUCAGAAAAUGACGCAGAUUUCUUAUAUGGUAACAAUUUCGUUGAUGAAAAUGAUAUUGAAGAGGAUUUAAGAAUGCCCGAAUUAUUUAGAGGCGAUGGUGUUAGAGGCCAUAGAUAUCAUGUUUUUGAUGAACCUCGUUAUUUUGCUCAAUAUAAUUAA